AUAAAGCUUCGCAUUAAGUAGACAUUUACUCGGGCGUUUGCACUAAAACCAGCCCCACGCGCUCACCGCUGGCAUCCCUCAAGUGCACAGGACAUCAGUCGCUCUUGUGACGCCGAAAUAUACACUACCAACAUCACAUCCCAGCGGCUAAGACCAUACGUCUCCAAGGUUUCGUCGUGGUGUCGACAUUCUCCGGAACCUUACGUUAGGCCUAGCGGCCAUCAGCUAGGAUGCAGUCUUUGAACAGCCGCAGCGCGCGCUGUGGCGCGCACGCACGAAGCGCCUCCAGGCGCCUGGCCCUCGCACCCAGGGCGUCGGCUGCGCCCCUGACGUCGGCCGGCCCGCGCGCCUACACGCACGAGGAUAGCUCGCGCUAUUGGCCGCCGCGGCCCGAUGAGCCCAAUGGCUGGCGGGGCUAUGUGGGCAACUGGUACCGGGACGUGCAUGACCCCGUGGGACAGUCACUGGUGCAGGCACUGAGGACCUGGCGCCGGCAGGGCGGGCCGGCGGGCGGCGGCGGCGGGGGCGUGUACGAGCAGGUGCAUGUGUACAACCGGGAGGUGGCGGGCGCCGGCCUGAGGGAGGAGGACGGGCUGUUCGAGGAGCGGGCCCAGCUGCGUCGGGGGUCCGGCCCGCUCGAGCCGCCGCUGCUGCUGGCGGUGGGGCCCGAUGCUGCGGUGUCGGUGCGGUCGCUGCAGCUGCCGCCAGUGGCGCUGGGCGGCGGGCAGCAGGCGGCGGCGGCGGCGGCGGCGGUGGGCGACGGCGGCGAGUGGGGAUUCGAGCUAUUCAUCCAGGACGGCCCCUGCCGCUGGAGCCUGGUGCUGCUGUACAGCACCCACACGGGGGCGCUGGCCAAGGUCACGUUCGUGCAGGAGUACGACACACGCGCAGACCCAGCCACACCACACGUGCUGGCGGAGGCGGUCACCAGCGGCGCCGUGCAGCCGCCGCGGCCGCCGCUGAAACGCCACUUCGCCCCCACAUGGGUGCCGCGGGGCACGUUGGGGAAGGUGACGGCCCGCGUAUGGGCAGCGGAGGGAAAGGCAGCGGCAGCGGCUGCGCCGGCGGCUGCGGCUGCGGCAGGUGGCGGCGGCCUAGGUCUGCUUGUGGAUGAGGCAGUGGCGGGGGAGUAUGCGGAGUGGGCGGCUGCCAGCAGCCUUUCCCCCUCCUCGCUGCUGGUGCUGCCGCUGCCCGACUCCAUGUACCUGCGCGCGCCCGCCUCGCUCAAGGACCUGAGGCAGCAGCAGCAGCAGCAGGCGGCUGUAGCUAGGGUUGUAGCUGCGUUUGAGUUUGGCGGGCUGUUGCGCAGUGUGGAGGGCGGGCUGCAGCGGGUGGUGGUCCGGUACGACGCCGCGGCGGCGGACGGGGGGUUCGUGGAGGCCACCAGGGAGGUGUUUGUGCGGGGCAACAAGUUUGAGAAGCUGGCUGGGGCAUCGCGCUCGUCUAACUCGACUGGCUCGGCAUAGAAGCCAGCUGGGGCUGCUUGUUAGGGGGCUCUGGUCGUGCGUGGGAGGGCGGUGGGCGUCCGCAGAUUUUGCGACGACGGUUGGUGUCGGGCCGGAUGAGCGCGAAAAUAAAUGGCGCAGGAUUGUGGUAACUGGACUGCAUAUAUAAUUUU